GUAGUUGUCAAAUUACAAGAGCUGCGCCGCUGGGGAUUUAUAUAACUCUCUUGUGUUCUGUGCUCUUCGAAAUCUCUGGAACGUCAGUUUAUAUGCGCACUUCCUGCUUCCACCGAAGAAGAAGAAGAACAUACGGAAGUCCUUCUUCUUCUUCUACUACUUCUCCAUGGGUGAUUUCGUUGUAGCACAUAGGGCGCCUUUCUUCAAAAAUACGACCAUAUGAGCUGCUGAAUUACUACUCUCUCCACGAUGCCUCUGUCCACCCAGUCUGAGGGGGAGGAUGAACAGUACGUGCUGGUGGCCUGUCUGGACAAUGCUCGGAAUCUCUCCAACAUACUGAAAGCCAUCACCUUCAAAGACCAUGCAAUCUUCACUGCCACAACCAACGGGCUGAAAGUCACUGUGGAGGAAACCAAAUGUCUGCAAGCCAACGCCUUCAUACAGGCCGAGGUCUUCCAAGAGUUCACCAUAAAGGAAGAGCUGGUGGGUUUUCAGAUCAACCUCACUGUCCUGAUGGACUGCCUCAACAUCUUUGGAGGAAGCACAUCACCAGGGAUAUCGACAGCCUUGCGGAUGUGCUACAGAGGCUAUGGUUACCCUCUGACGCUGUUCCUGGAGGAGGGUGGAGUGGUGACUGUUUGCAAGAUUAACACACAAGAACCAGAGGAGCCGAUUGACUUUGAGUUCUGCAGCGCAAAUGUCACAAACAAGGUGAUCCUGCAGUCGGAGAGUCUGAAGGAAGCCUUCUCUGAACUCGACAUGACCAGUGAGGUGCUACAGAUCACCAUGUCUCCCAACCAGCCGUACUUCAGACUGUCUACGUUUGGGAACGCUGGAAAUGCUCAUUACGAUUAUUCCAAAGAUUCAGACAUGAUGGAGCUGUUCCGGUGCGACGAGACUCAAACCAACAGAUACAAGAUGUCUCUGCUGAAGCCGACCACCAAGGCCUUGGCUUUAUCCUGCAAAGUCUCAGUGAGGACAGACAAUCGGGGCUUCCUGUCUCUGCAGUACCUCGUCAGGAACGACGACGGACAGAUCUGCUUCGUGGAGUUUUACUGUUGCCCCGAUGAGGAGGUGGACGAGGAUAUGUGAUGUUUUUGACUUUAAAGAAGCUCCUUAACGUCAGCGGUGAUGGGAUACUUCACUGAGCGCAACAUCAAGAAGAGGAAGCGACUCGUUGGUCUUUUUCUGAACUCAUCCAAGUAUUGUUGCUUAACUUGUGGAAAAUGGUUCACGCAGCUUGAUAUUUAUCCGUCUGCUUCAUACUCGUUAGUUCGGCAAGUUGGGUAUGGAAAAUGUUUUCUAUUUGUGUGUUGUUUCCAACUGUGGAGAUGCAACUACCUGAAGUUAGAAGGCUUGUUUCCAUGAGCACUGUCAGUAGUGGAAGAGUGGCCAUGGUUUGCCUAUGUUUAUUAUAGAGAUCUAAUGUUUUCUGAAAAAUAACACAUGAUACAUACCCGUCUCCACAGCCCUGAGUUCUGCAGCUUUGCAAACUGCUACAGUUCUAUGUUAAACCAUAUCAACACCUCUCACAGCCAUUUGUUUGGAGAAUACACCACACAGUACUGACGGCAAACUUAUUUAUUGUCAUUUCCAAAAACAAAUGUAUUCACUUUAACUCAAUAAACAUUUUUCGAAAGGAA